GGUCUGCGGCAGCGGGAGAGCGCGGCGCCACCGAGGCCGUCCCUCUGCGGAAGGCGGCAGGCGAGCGGAGGGAGGGCUGGGCUGGCGUCCGGGCCGGAAGCACGCCGGUCCCGGCGGGUCGGCCGCGGCCAUGUGCAGGAUGUCGUUCAAGAAGGAAACCCCGUUGGCCAACGCGGCGUUCUGGGCGGCCAGGAGGGGCAACCUGACUCUGCUGCGGCUGUUGCUGAACAGCGGCCGGGUGGACGUGGACUGCAGGGACAGUCACGGCACCACGCUCCUCAUGGUUGCCUCCUACGCCGGCCACAUAGAUUGUGUGAAGGAGCUCGUUCUGCAAGGAGCUGACAUCAACCUCCAGAGAGAGUCAGGUACAACGGCCCUGUUCUUUGCUGCCCAACAAGGACAUAAUGACGUCGUGAGAUUUCUCUUUGAAUUUGGGGCAUCCACUGAAUUUAGAACCAAAGAUGGGGGCACUGCCCUGUUGGCCGCCAGUCAGUAUGGGCACAUGCAGGUGGUGGAGACCUUGCUGAAGCACGGAGCCAACAUCCAUGACCAACUUUAUGAUGGAGCCACUGCCCUCUUCUUAGCUGCCCAGGGGGGUUACUUGGAUGUGAUUCGGCUAUUGUUGUCUUCAGGAGCAAAAGUCAACCAGCCCAGGCAGGAUGGGACGGCGCCACUGUGGAUUGCGUCGCAGAUGGGCCACAGCGAGGUGGUGCGCGUGAUGCUGCUGCGUGGAGCCGACCGCGACGCCGCCCGGAACGAUGGUACAACAGCAUUAUUGAAGGCAGCCAACAAAGGGUAUAAUAAAGUUAUAGAGGAGCUGCUGAAAUUCUCACCUACCCUCGGUAUUUUGAAGAAUGGGACCUCGGCGCUCCACGCGGCAGUGCUCAGCGGGAACAUUAAGACAGUUGCGCUGCUCCUGGAAGCAGGGGCGGACCCAGCGCUGAGAAACAAGGCCAAUGAACUUCCGGCAGAACUAACCAAAAAUGAACGUAUAUUGCGUCUCCUCCGAAGUAAAGAAGGACACAGGAAGAGCUAACUUAGUUCCAUAUUUGACCGAAAGAUAGAAACCUUAAUCCUAUUGUCCAAAAAGACAUUGCUUUUCAAAUAGUGUUGGAAAUUCCUAUAAGAAAGAAAAUGCCCAGAAUGCCCAACCUGGGUCCCUGACCAAGAAGAGCUGUGUUCUGUGCCUUGAGCUAAGAGCAGAGCACCUCAGGGGAUCCCUUCCCCUCAUGAAGUGGGCUUCUCACACUGCCUAUAGCCCCCCUCCAAUGGGGCCUGGCACAUUCAUGGAUUCUACAGAAACCCAUUUUAAACAACAUCAACUUGAGUCUUUCACUUAAACUCUUAAGAUAGAGCUAAAGCCUCUAGGAAGUUUUAAGCAAGGAAACAGAAACCUUUGUUCCUUUAAAAAGACUGGAAGUCUGACCUUCAGGAAAUUGAUGCACUUUUGCUUUUGUGUUAAAUGUAGGUGUGCUCAAAGAUACAGCACCAUCAUGGUUUAUGUAAAUAUGUAUGUCAUCCCAAUGUAAAAUUUUUCCUUCUACCCGAGGGUCCCAGCCAUUGAUUAUGGAUCAAUAAUGUGUAAAGUUAUGUUAUUAAAAAAAGCCACUUCUGACCUUCUGCCAUAUGCUUUUCAAAGAUGGACUGUUGAACUAUAAAAAAAGACCAAUUGUUCAUGUGUGAAUUGGUCCUCAUCGUAUUCCUAACAUGGAAACAUCAUUUUUACUUGGAGUUGAUGUUGUAAGUAUGGUAGGAUACAGGUGGCAAAUGUGAAAAUUCAGAAAAUUACAAACCAGGAGAAUUGAGGUCUUGUCUCUUUGAACUGUUCUUUUGGGUCUCUUGUUGGGAGUCUGUUUCAUGUGCCAUCACUAAGUAGACUUAAUAUGCUGUGGAAUCUUGAACUUCCAACACCACAUGGCUUGAUACAGUGACUUUGCGGUCCUGGAUGAAAUGAGAUAUAUGCAAGUACAAUAUGUUGCUGUUACUAUUGCAGGAGUAUAAGUAAUAAAAGACUGUUACUAAUAUUUAA